AUGACACUCCCAGGUGUAGUAUCAGAAGAUGAAUUAAUACCAAUAUCGUCAAUGAUCAGCUCUUCUCAUUCCUUAAUUGAUAUUAUUCACUGGUUGGAGUUAUUCAAACACUACUAUUCACAAGUUUCCGUAGGCAAAGAAUUCCCGAAGUCUAAAGUAAUCUUGAGCGAUAGAGCUCAAAUCUUCCUUUGUGCAGCUCUUAAAGUUUGGAAUAAUGAAAAAAUGCAUGAAUUUAUGAAUCGAUCUUAUCGUAUUGUCAAUGGAGAUACUACUAAUGAAGAUCUUCAAUUAACUAAUAUACAUGCAUGUAUGGAACAUGUUUUGAUUGAUACACGUCGAACUAUCAAUAAGUUUAUCAUUAAAGAAUAUCGUGAACUUGCAAUAUGGAGUAUUGCAUUAUUGAUAAAUAGAUGUACAUGGAUAGAAUUUAAACGUAAUUGGCAAAUAAUCUGUCUGGUUUUUCUUCAAAUACAUCUUGGUGAAAAGCAUAUAAAACAAAAAUAUUAAGAUAUACUACUACCCAGGUCUAUAGAUACGGCUAUUCGUAUUUUCACCGUAAUUUGCUUCAUACGGCACCGUAAACGGACCGUAUUUUUUCGUAAUCAUGGGCACAGUAAUACGGCACCGUAUACGAGGCC